UAAAUUGUUUCUCACUACUCAUGGUUUCACAUGUACUAUGGCGUUCAUAGGUUUAUAAUGUUUCAGAAGAGACUAUCAUCCGCAGAGACCAAUUAGAGAAGGACCUCAGGUGCUCAAAAAGCAUAUUCAAUGCUGUAUUCAUUGGAAGUUUGGUAAUAGCUUGUUACACAGUUGUUGGAGCAUUUUUCCAAAAGAAUGCCCUUCACUACCUUCAUGCCUUAUCUCUCCUUAUUUUUCAUGUGGUAUCAUGAGUUUAUGUGUAUGCUCCUUAUAACAAAUUGACUAAGAAUUUCUUCUGAUACCUGAUCCUGGUGCUCUACUGCCUCUAUUCAAUAGGAAUUGUCUCAUAUAUUGUGUACCUUAUCAUAAAAGAUCAGAAUUCUGAUGAUUCUGCGAAAUGGAGGAUUAGAUACAAUUUUACAGGAAUUAUCUUUCUAGUGUUACAAAUAGUCAUCCCUCUCUUGCACGCAGCUCUUCUAAUCAGAUUCAUUUAUAAGAGGCUUCAGCUAGACAGGAGAAUCAAAAUUGAAUCCAAACAAUCUCAUGAUCUGCUCAAUCAGUCAAAAAGCUCAAAAAUCUUGUCUCCAAGUGGAGGGCUGAAGAAAGAUCACGGUUCGACUAAAAAUGUUGAUUCAGGGUUAAACGAACCACUCAGUCCUAUGAAUGACAGUGAUCAAGAAUGAAAAUCUCAUCAGCCAGUUGAGAGUCAAUUACCUGGAAGAAUGUCUCAUCAUCCUUAUAUUAACCAAGAGCAGCCCCAGAAUGACGAGGAAGAGGAGUCCUCCCUACUUAGAGAUGAGAACAGAAGAUCUUCUAUUAAUUUCCGCCCAGGUAUCAACUAGACAGA